UUUACUGCUGGUUUGUUUUUCACUGCGGUCAGAAAGAAUAUUGUUUUUUGUGAUGUGCGACUAGUGCUAGUGAAAAAUGUGAUAAAUAGUUUAAUAAGAAUUAAUUGCUUUGUGCAGUAGUGUCAAAUAGUGUAUGAAAACUAUCGUGGAUCAAAAUGUUUUCAUUAAAUUAGCAGUAGUUACAGAGUAUAGUGGAACAAUUCUUUGUGUUCUAGUAAUAGUCAAUAUUUGAAGGAAAAAGUAUAAUUUUGCAGUUUGUGCAUCGAUUUCUUCCCAACCAAUGGUUUGCGAACGGAAAUGCUUAUCUUGAAGGUCGAACAAUGCCCCCAGUAUGGUGGGAGACAAUGUCGUGCCUAGAAUUAGCUGGUCCAGACAGAGUGUCGCCAUUGUCCGGGUGCAAAAAAAAAAUCGAAUAUGAACAGUGAACAUGUCGAGACUUAAAGCUAUAAACCCGCAUACUGCUGACACAUUUAAAAAUCGAUUUGAUGGCGGAAAUGAGUUCCUAUGCUGAGUCCUCUGAUAAAGAUUCUUCCACGCAGGAUGGAAUACCGCAUCCGCAGCAAGAUGAAGUAGACGAACUUGAGGGUGCCGUAGGUAAUUCUUCGGAUGUAGCUAGUGUCGCGAAAGAUCUUGACGACGAACCAAUUGAGUUAAAAACCCAGGAUGAUUUGCCACCAACUCCGUAUGAAGAAUGUCUGGAUUUGACCAUUUUUGAAACACUAGCGAAACAGCAGCAAGAUGAGGAAACUCAGACGGCAGAAUGUGAGAGGCCUGACGCACACAGAAUAAGCUGUGUUGAUGAUAAUAAUUCGCCAGCUCGCGAUCCACAUCCAGCUGAUAAACCUUCACCUGUUUGCUGUUCAGCAACAACGCCAACUUUGGCAACCGGGCACCAUGGCGAUUCCUGUGGAUCGUCCAAUUCAUCUGUUCCAUGUUCCGGGGUUCGCAGAAAGGCGAAGGUGACUUCAACAUCACACGAGGAAUCGGUCGCGAAUGGAACGAAGAAAAAAGUUCGUUCGAAUGGUUCGUUGAAAUCUUCACCUUCGCAGGAUUAUCUGCAAGUUUGGUCGUCCGGAGUUGGUACUGAUCAGCAAACAGAAGCAAAUAAAUGUAAUCCGGUAAUCAGUCCAUCUGUUCAAGUGCACAAACCGCUCGAGCGAUCGUGGCCUCCCAAGCAUCAACGCAAACAGCAAUCACAGUUGCAACAUCAAGGAUCUGAAGAGUUUUCUUUCGAUAUAGUUGACACAGACGAACAGUGUUACAUUACGGGGCCGGAAAGUGGAGCUGCCGGAAUGGACUUUACUCCGGGCGAGUUUUUCGAGCAAAGUCCCAAACAAUCUCGUCACGAAAAAGUUUCAAGAGUGACGAAACAACCGUUGCAAGGGAUCAUUGAAAGUGCUCCACUGGCUACUCCUGAAACGGACGGCAGUUUAUCCGAACAUACUCCACUUCGUCUGGGUAGAUUGGAUAGGAGCAAAGCUCCGGAUAAUGAAAUAGUUACUGAAACACCCAAACCUGACCAUAGUAAUCCACUGAAUGUGACGAGCAGGAAAUCUACUCGGGAAGAUUUCAGCUUCCCAGAGGAGCCACAAGCAUCCUGUUCGAAUGAAAUCGUCGAAGCUACGAACGAGAUUCGUACCAUUAAACCUCACCGACCGCUAGUGAGAAUUUUAUCCAAUGGUCGAACGAGUGGCGGGCUCGUCAAUUCGGGUGAAUUGUUAGUCGUAGAUUCGAUGCGAGCCAGCCAUAUAAUCUUCCCGGUUCAAUGUCUGUCACCGUGUGCAAGAAGUCCCCCAUCCGGAUCAUCAACACGGUCGGGAUCUCCCCUGGAGCACUCGCCGGAUCGGUCUUCACCAGUCAUAAUGCAUCCUAAACCGAUACGACCCCAGCCACGCCCGUUAACCAGAGUCGGACAUUGUGGACGCAAUGAUUUGAUAUGUCCGCCCACCCCAACGCAUCAUGCACGCAGAUUACGAGUUCUGUCGGAUAAUUUUGGUCCUCCGGAUUUGCGGCAACGAGUGUUCUCGCCAGAAAUCGUAAUAUCACCGGAAACGAGAUACAACGAUUUGGUAGCCGCAACCGGAAACCGUGUCGAUCAGAUGCGGGUCGCCGAAGGUCGCGAUGAAAUGGAAACCGACUCGCAAGGUAGACAUUUGACCAGUACCCGGCUGCCGUCCAUUCCGGAGCGUGCUCGAGGUACUUUGGCGGAACCGGACGAACCUUUACCACCGGCAUGGGAAGCACGAAUGGAUAGCCACGGACGCAUAUUCUACAUUGAUCACGGCACUAGAACAACAUCGUGGCAACGUCCCGGGUCUCAUUCGGGUAUCUCUGGACCGGAUCAACACCGACAGCAGCUCGAUCGGCGAUAUCAGUCCAUUCGUAGGACGAUAUAUGAUCGACGAGACGGGGGUAGUCGAAGUCCUCCGCGGUUCGGUUUCGAAGCUAUCAAUCCCCGUCAGGGAUCUUCCUCCGCUACAGUUGCCAUGAAUGCAGCCCAAAUCGAGAGUCUACAGUUGGAUCGCGCUACCCAUCCCGCUCUGUUGAUGAUAUGUCGAGCUGAUUUCUAUUCAAUGCUACACACAAACACCGACGCCAUACAACUGUACAAUCGGAACGCAGCCCUCAAACACAUGGUCUCUCGAGUACGUCGGGAUCCUACCUGUUUUGGUCGGUAUCAGCACAAUCGCGAUUUGGUAGCACUGGUAAAUUGUUUUGCUUCACCUGAUAAGGAUCUGCCCACGGGAUGGGAAACAAAAGUUGAUCAAAGCGGCAAGCAAUUUUUCAUCGAUCAUACCAAUCGAAAAACAUCAUUCAUGGAUCCUCGAGUACCUACGGAUUGUCCGCGAGCUCGCCACCGACCCGAACAGAUGAGUUCUGGACCUACGAUUCCCGUUGAUGUUGCACCGAUUCCACCACCGAGACCACCAGCACUGCCCCGACUGAGCAUCGGAUCACCCGAAAUUCCAGUAGCUUAUAAUGAUAAGGUUGUAGCUUUCCUUCGUCAACCGAACAUUUUGGAAAUUUUACGUGAGCGUCACGGAGCAGCAGCCUGUUCGCGUAAUUUACGGGAAAAAAUCAAUUCCAUUCGAGUGGAAGGAACUGCUGCGCUCGACCGACUUAGUCAUGACCUUCAACUAACCAUCCUGCUAAGCCUAUUCGAAAAUGAGAUUAUGAGCUACAUCCCGGUGGAGGCUCGCAGUCCACAAGGAUCACCGAAUCUCAGCAAUUCACGGGUUCCUCAACGGGCCCCACCUCCGUUCCGCAGGGAUUUCGAAGCUAAACUACGCACCUUCUAUCGCAAGCUGGAAUCCAAGGGCUUUGGGCAAGGGCCGCACAAAUUGAAAUUACACAUCCGGCGAUCUAAUUUGCUUGAAGAUGCCUUCCGGCGAAUCAUGUCUGCCAACAAGAAGGACCUCCAACGGGGACGCUUAGCAGUACUAUGGGACACAGAGGAGGGACUCGAUUACGGUGGACCGUCGCGGGAGUUCUUCUUCCUACUGUCCCGGGAGCUGUUCAAUCCAUACUAUGGUUUGUUCGAAUAUUCAGCCAAUGACACCUACACGGUACAGGUGUCCCCCCUGUCGGCAUUUGUGGACAACAGUCACGAUUGGUUCCGCUUCAGUGGUCGAGUCCUUGGCCUAGCACUAGUUCACCAGUAUUUAUUAGAUGCCUUUUUCACCCGCCCAUUCUAUAAAGCAUUACUGCGAUUACCGGUGGCGCUUAGUGAUCUGGAAUCGUUGGACAACGAGUUCCAUCAAUCGUUGCAAUGGAUUCGAGAUAACGAUAUUGGUUCCGGCGCGUCACUUGGUUUAACUUUCUGUGUUACGGAGGAGUUGUUGGGUCGAGUGGUGGAACGGGAACUGAAACCAGGCGGGAAAAAUAUUCCAGUGACUGAGAAAAAUAAACGGGAAUAUUUGGAACGCAUGGUAAAGUGGCGACUGGAACGAGGUGUUCAGGAACAGACCGAAUCCUUGGUUCGUGGCUUCUAUGAAGUCGUUGAUCCGCGGCUGGUGUCCGUGUUUGAUGCCCGAGAACUGGAACUUGUGAUUGCCGGUACGGCGGAGAUUGAUCUCAACGAUUGGCGGAACAACACUGAGUACCGCAGCGGCUACCAUGAUGGUCAUCAGGUGAUCGUUUGGUUCUGGCAUGUGAUAGAAAAGUUCUCCAACGAGCAACGGUUACGGUUACUGCAGUUCGUGACGGGAACGUCAAGCAUUCCGUACGAAGGUUUCGCCGCACUUCGGGGCUCCACCGGACCGCGAAGGUUCUGCAUCGAGAAGUGGGGUAAACCGAAUGCGCUUCCUCGUGCGCACACUUGCUUCAAUCGGUUGGAUCUGCCACCGUAUCCGACACCGGAUAUCCUCUACGAGAAGCUCCUGUUAGCGGUCGAGGAAACGAACACGUUCGGAAUUGAGUAGCCGACGAGUGACGGAGAUGUGUGGCCCAGCCGGAGCGACGUGGCUUUGUACUAUCUGUUACUGUUUCUGUUUUAUAGUGUAUUUAUUUUUUACUUUUUGAAGAUUUUAAUCAUUCAUCUGCUGUGAAAGUGAGAGGAACUGCGUUCGAUAUGACCGCUUGGCUAAAUCGUUAGGGACCCACGAACUCGAAAGUGAAAGAAUAAUAUAAUUUGCGCAAUAUGCGGCUAGCAUUAGAAGUGAGUGUGUGUGUGGCGAGUGAGGUUGCUUACUGUUAAGUGUUAGGAUGGUUGCUUUUAAAUCAACACCGAUCCGUUGGCUUCUAGCAGUCGAUGGACGAUGGACGAUGGAAGCAAGCUUGCUUCGAGUUAUUAUUGCGAAACGAAUUGAGUGAUUUCGUUAAGUUAGUGGCAUCGUGCGCUGAAUGCCAGCUAGUUGUUGAAGAAAUCCGAAUCAGUGAGCGAAAACAUUAUGAUGGAUCGUAACCGGUAUCGGCUAUGCUAGUGAUAAAACCUUUGCCCAAAGAAGCAAAUUCUACAGAAUGGUAGAAUUAUUAAAAAAAAAAACAAAUGAACGGUAUUAGUAACUACACUUCCUGUUCGAUUAUCAGCAGGAACAAUUGAAGAAUGAAUCUACUUCAAUGCCCAGCUGGAGCUACUGAUUCAUAGUGAGAAAAGAACACAUUUAUUUCAUGCUAGUAUUAAACCCAAUCAUUAAAUUACAGCUUAAUUUUAUCAAUUCCAAACAGCAGUUUUGAAAAAAAAUCCAAAAGCUAUCAUUCAUUAAAUCGUGAUUCGUUUCUAGAAAAUUGAAUUUCGAUGGACUUAUAAAAAUCCUCGAAAGGAAAAGCAUAUUCGAUAUGAUGCAUAGACCCAUUAUUGCUGUCUAUAAUUAAUAAAAUUCAUUAGGUAUCCCGUAAAACGCAUUUGUAAUCAUUGAAUGGUGAUUCAAAUUAAUUAUUGAACCGGGAUGGAAAGCAGAUUGUAGCAAUCUGGAAUUUGCUAAAUCGCUAUAACGCUCUGUUCAACAAGCCGACAGUAAUAAAUUUGCAUGGCAAAGUAGUCAAUUAGCGAUAAUGUGUCAUAAAUAACGUGAUUAUGAUGGUCACAAUUACUGUUACUGGAACGAGGAAUUGAAUUAUUAGUUUCCUAUAGCGUCCUUCCUAAUUCCUGUAAUAUUUCAAAUUUCCGUUAUAAGUUUUGAAUUCGGGAAAUUUCAUUGAGUACUUCCCAUUUAAUAACGGAAUACCGUUGACUUUGAUAAAUGUUAGGAUGAGCGAAAUUAUUUUUAUGUUGUAUGUUUGUAUCGCCUCUUAUCAAAUAUAGAUUUGUUAGACGAACUGCUAGGACAUUCUGACCUUUGAAGGUAGGACUUUUUAUGGUCUUGAGUACGCAACUGCAAAUUCCUUGUUAGACCAUGGAAAGUACGGAAACGAUGUAGAACUCUUUGAACCAAAAUAUUAACCGAUCGAACGGGAUGGUAGUAGUAGUUUGUGCUAAUUCUUAUCUCCCAGAUGGACUGAGCAAUGUACGCUUAUAGGAUUGCUCUUUUCAGAGCAUCCGGAUAAGUCGAGUGACUUCUUAUUCUAGUUUUUGUUACUUCUCAAUAGCCCUGCCGAAUUGUUGACUACUGAUACUGUAAACUAUGUCGCAAAUAAUUUAAACAUUUGUUCGAAAUUUGGGAUAUUUGGGUAGUCAUUUGCUGCAUUGUAACACACAACCUUUUUAGAGAGCAGUGAUGCCAGAUUCUUUAGUUUUUCAAAAAUCUGUUUUCGCCACAAAAAUCAGUGGUCAUAUCCCAUGAGUACAUUGUUAAACGGUUUCGUGAGCACAAAGAGGAAUUAAGAAGUUUACUAUUUCCACUUAUACGUUUGUUUGCCUGAUUACUUAUACAAAAUUCAACACAGUUCAUAUACAAGCCUGUACAUCUAUUAGCUGUGAAUAAAUAAAACUGAUACUCUGAGGUUCAUAACGUUUGCAUUAAAAAAUUGUGAUUUUUCGGAUGGUGCUAAAAAAGAUAAGACAGAUAAUUGCUUUUGAUAAAUUUCCCAUGGAAGGUAAUUAUUUAAGCUUAUUUGCAUAAAAAAAUCAACGUCCUUGCAAGCGGCCUUGCGGCAGUUAACCGAAAAAUUUGCCAUGGCGGACAAAAAGAUGCGUAUAGACAUGUUUUUGAAUUCUUUCUUAGUUUUAUUUAUCAAUUCUUCCACGGCUUUGACGACAAAAUUGACGGAGUAGACCUUACGCUUCAGAUUGGUUCAGAAAUUCUUGAUGGGACGCAUCCACCAUCGGCACCACAUCCGAUUCCUUGAUGAACGACGCAACUUCCGACAGGCUUUUCAUGUUAUAAAUUUCCCCGUUCAUGGUCAGUCCGGAGCGAAACAGGAGCGGCUUUGACCGGCUUUACCGAUCACCCGGCCAAGCACACUCAGCGCUGUAGCCACGUUUGUCCGUUUCCGAAGCGUAGACGUACCGUUCUUUGAAAGAUCACACUUCUGAACAGAGUUGCUUCACUGUUUCUGCCAUCACAGUUAGAAUUCGGUUGUUAGAGCUGUCAAAUUUCGUCUACUGGCUCAUGGGUUACUAUGAUUGAUGCUGCAUGGGUAGUUUCGUCAGUGCGGCUGAAAAAUCGGCAAUUUUUGUCCAUUUUAUUAAAUGCAAACGUGAAAUCUACCUAAAAAUUUCAAUCAAGAGUUUUCGUUCUGAAAAAAAUAUGUUUUUUAACCAAAAAGGAGAGUAGGCAAAAACUGCCAAUUAUUGCCAAAUUUAUUUUCUGUCAGCAUGUAACGAGCAAAACAUAUGGGAAAAAGACUGACAAAUGCAACAGUGAAAUGAAAAUUGGUGAAAAAGUUGCGACAGAGACGGGAUUCAAAUCCGUAAUUUUUUCUAACUGGAGAAGAAGUAUAUUCCAACGGGAAAGUAGAAAUGAUCGGAUUUUGGUUAUGGUUUUUUUUUCUUUUAUACACGUCCAAUUAAACAGAAGGACUGAUUUGAUUUUCUUGGUACCGUCGUUCGAGUGCGAGAAUGGUUGAACCUUGAAACCUUCUGGAUCUUGUAACUUAUUUCUCAGGAUUUGACGGAGACUUCGAUCCGAUUCAUUGAUAUCCUCAACCAAUUUAGUGGUACUUCGUCGAGGAUUCCUCUUAAGGUACAUCUUGACGGUCUCCAUAAUGGAAGGUGUCACCAUAGUCAGAGCUAAAAGUGUAAUUUUCAUUGAUUCAAUAUAUACGAAAAUGACUAGAAAUAAACUCUUAGCUGCACUUGCAAAUUAUGAGAACGAGUUCCAUACACUUGCAAAUUAUGAGAACGAGUUCGUUUACUCAGAGACGGCUGAAUUGAUUUUCACAAAUUUUAACUUAUUUGAAAGAUCUUGCUAUCCCAUAGGCUGCCAUCAAGUUUUCCCCGGAUUCAACUUCUGGUCCCGAACUUACAAGGAGAAGUGUGUUUAAAGUUUCAAGCCAUCGUUCAGAGUGAGGCUGUAAAAAAUGGAAAUGUUCUUCUACAUUUGACUCAAAACUGGUUCAAUUCGCAAGUUAUGUUAGUUGCUGGUCAAACUAUCGGAAUGCGGUCUCAGGAAUACCAAAAAUAAUGGUUAAAAAGUCCAAAACAAAACUCACUUCAUUUUCUUAAUGACGGUUGAAACGAUUUCAAAAACUUUAACUUAAAAUGAAUGAUCAAUGGGACACUAUCUUUUAUUGAAUUUCAUCGGGAGCUACAGAGUGAAGUAAUACAAUUUCAAACCGACAUUCAUAGUGAUGCUUAAAAAAAGGUAUUAUCCUUCUCAAUUUGGCUCAAAACUACUUUCAAAAAGAACAAUGCUAUUGUAUACCCAAAUGAAGUUUCUUGUGUUUACUCAAGACUCGAGAUCACAUAAAUUUUCAUUUACUCUCGUACAGUGUUAACAAAGCAGAACGUAUUUGAGAAGCGAAUUCCUUGAAUUAAAACAUUAACUUAAAGGUGUAGUUGAUAAUUAUAAAUAACGAUGUGGGAAAUGUAAGUGACAAACUAAACUACCGUUAAUGAGCAUGACUGCUUUUGUUUGCUUCGCAUAUGUACUGAAUGCUGAUGGAUGUCAAUUCCGGAACAGUAGUUUCAAAAUUGUGUCCUUUCUUCCAUUAGCCUUCUCAGUGAUUUGCGGUUUUCAGUGAAAAUCCAAUAGUAUGCAGAGUCGAUAUCCAAUCGAAGCUUUGAGAAUCGAAAAUGACAGAAAAAGGUAUCACUGUAGUAGUUUGGUUUCCAAAGAGGUUCUGGGGUGUAGUUACUUCAAUUUAUCAUAUUUUAGUCACUUUUUAUAGCCAAACGCCAAAAAUUUUCAUUAUAUCGAUGAAAGGGUGAGAACUGAAAUUGUUCUGAUUCUCCCUUCAGACAUUAGUUUGGUUUCGUCUUGUCAUAGAGGAACGAGUGGCGGUAGAAUUGACUCUUUUUUUGCAAUGAGAGAUGAAAAUUCUUUGUCUCUCUUCAUUUGUUCUGGAUGCUGUCAUUUACGAAUGAGACAGUAAAAUACGAAUAUGAGAUUGUUGGAUUGGACUCUUUCAUUGAGAAUGCAUGACAAUUUUAAGCUCUGACCAUAGUAGCUCGACAUCCAGGAAGUUUUUAUUGGGUACUUCCGGUAUCCAAGCACUACGUUUCUAUUAGAGAUCCAUUCUAUCUGAUAACACUCGAUUAUCACUGACAGCUAAGACACAAUGGGUCGUACGAAUAAAAUGUAGUAAAGUCUGUUGUUUGUAGUAUUUAAGUCCACAGAGUAAAACGCGUUUGAUAUGAAUAAAAAAAUCAAGUUCGAGCGUGUAGUUAAUGCUACCUUCGAAUUUGAGCAUUUAUUGCAUGCCGUAUCGUAUCGGAGCCGGAAAAGCUAUAAUAAGUGUGCACAAAGUAAGAAACGUACUUACUGCUGCAAAAAUGCCACUUUAUUAAAUUUGUCUACUUCACUUUAUCAGCAAACACACAAGUAGCAACCUCGAGCUACCUAACGAAAAAUUGUAGUAAAUACUACAUUCAUUUUUCGAAGUAGUCCACGAAAAGUGUACCGAGACAAACACAAAGAACCGACUUCAUAACCAUUCCGCCACAAUUUAGCCUCCCUAGGCCGCUUCGGAGCACUCGUGACGAUUUCAGUCUAUUGUCGGUUAAUCAUUCUGUUCUCUGGUGUAUAAUAAUGGAUCUAGACUUCUUCAACAGCAAACAACCGACACCAUCAUCAUCAGCAUAGGAGAACGUGCUUCCGAAAUGUGCUCGCGUUCAUCUUUUUAGUCCUGAGUAUGCAAGUGCGGCAUCCAGCGGCAGGACAUCUUUUUCAUUCGCUGAAUCUUGCUAAAACUAUGAUGUGUUUGCUCAGUACUAAUCCUCAUGGUACUUUCUGGUCAUCUAGUACCAUCUCCUUUAAUUUUGACAUUGAUUGUAAUCACUGUGAAAACCGACUUUAGAGUUUCGGAAAAAAAAUUCAAUUGCAAAAAAAAGCGGGUUAUCUAAAACUGGUUGAUAAAAUCUUCUAAUUAACAGAUCUUGUUAGUUUAUGGUCAUAAAACUCAUUUCUGUUCCUGAUCGUCAAAUGGUGAGAUAAAAUUAAGUCCUCACAAGUUCCUAUCUCAUGCCUCCCCGAGCAUCUAUGAUGACAGUUGGUCAAUAGAACGACAUUGACUGGGUACUAUCGCCUUCAGCGUUAGUAGCAGAAUGAGAGGGUGCGAAAUGUUGUUGUUUGUUGCAUUAUUUUAUUAUAUUGAAUUGAAUUAUAUUACAUUGUACUAUCAGAAGUGCAAUGGUGCUAGAAAGUGCAAAUCCAGUACAAUCCACGCCACCAGUGUUUUUCAAUCAGCCAUCUGACGCCGGUAUGUGAGCACCAGCCAUUUGAAAGUACACCGAUUACGUUGAGCCCCUCGCGUUUUGAGCCCCAAACACUGCGAUGUUUUAAUACUCAUCGCGAAUCUAAAAUUGUGAAAAUUACCUGCUCUUGAUGUCCCAAAACACUGUCUGCUGUAUAUUAGCUAAGUUAUUGUGAGAGAGUCGACCCAAAAUUCAUUUCAAUCAGCUGAUUUUGAAGUUCCGAUUUUGAUCUCAUCAAGAUGGCGUCGUGACAGGAGGCCGUUUUCAAUGAUUGACUCCAUGAGAGAGCAAUAGCUCGUUGAUUCUUUUUGAUUUUGAUCACUUCAUAUAUUUUGGCCCUCCCAUGUUGCAUCAGUUUGAAGUUAAUAACAUUAAAUUACCUAUUGCAGAAGGAUUUUUCGAAGAUAUUACAACAUUUAGUAGAUACUGUCACUUACUCUUACGGUCUUCUGAAAAAUCAAUUGAGAAGUGUCUUGUCGAAUUUCGGUAAAAAUUAGCAUACUGCCCGAAACGAUUUUAUGAUUUCGGCAUAUUUGUUAUUUACUGCUAAGUUUUUGCGAACAAAACUAUAGCAAAAAUGGCGAUUUAUCGGGAUACUAUUUUAACGAAUCUCGUUAAACAGCUUUGGAAUUUUCGUAGUUUUCAUUUUCAAUUUUCAUAGUUCGAGAAUCACUUUAAAGUGUGUACUUGGUUUAUGAAUUUAGGUUCAAUUUUACAAUCUCUGUCAAAAAAAAUACAUAUUACUGUUUGAACAUAUUUUUCAUUAAAUCUACCGAAUUCACAAUCUAUUUUGAAACCCAUUUUGUGUCUCAGAUCAAAGAUUUUAUUGAUAUUAAAAAAAAACUGCCAGACUUCUUUAGAUAAAAUAUGCUGAUAACAGACAGCACAGAUCUUAGCCUACUUUGAAUGAGAUUUAAUAUUUAGAAAUAAUUGAAGCGUAUUUGUUUUCCAAAUGUUUCUGAGUAAUUUGUAAACACUGAAUUUGUAAAUUUUUUUUGCGAUAAUUAAAAGGUUUCGCAAAGGGCUCUAUAGUGAUUGGAUUCAAAAUUUGCAUGGUAAAUUUACGGAAAGAGUUUUGAUGUUUUUGAAAAAUAAUGUUCCUUAAAAAUCUGUGAAAGCCACAUUCCAGCACGGGUUCUCACUACACCGUACCAGUUACAGAUCCUUCAGAAUCCGUUUUAAUCUCGUCUUCCGGUUUCCUCUACAACGCCACAACGAAGUGACCGAGUUCGCACGGAACAUAUUCUUCGAACGAGCACUAAUUAGUUUCGCGAGAUCAAAGAAGUCCACCGCCUUGCAGCGAGCGGAAAAGUGUCUAACAAUUUACAUCUGAUUAAAACACAAGUCAGUUUGCACUGUCAACAGGUUAAUGCAUCCGCUUAGAAAACACCGGUAGUUCAUGUAAACAACAAUAAGUUCAGCCAGUAGCAGUACCAGUUAUCCAAUUAGUAAACAUAGGAUUGCGAUUAGGGAAAUGCCUGAUGCACUGAAAAUUAUGCAAGUACCACGGAUAAACUGAAGAGUGUGUGUGUCACUAUUUCAUACACACAGUCGAAAAUAGUUUCUUUUCUAGUCAUAAUCGAUAACCUUACAACAAUAGAGAUCCACUGCAGAAAACUCCACACGCAUCGUCUAAAUGUAAAACAAAAAAAAAAGCACACGUACAAACACACCAGUAAAGCACACCGCCGCCGAUACUAGAAUACAAUUAUACGGAAAUCCUACGCAUUACUAGAACAAUAUGACCAUUAGAUAUACUUCCAGCCAAGCCUAACAAAUACUAAACAUGUACGACGAGGUUUCUUUUCUGUGUCACGAUGAAAGAAACCUUCGGUUAGAAAUCCGCCUGCAAAGUUCUUAACAUUUUAUUAGCAAACAAUCAUUCCUCCUUCGUACCGUUUAAGAUCUUUAUUGUAUUAGUUUUUAAGUAUUAUUCUGAGUGUCGAAAAGUCCAUUGAAUUUAGUGCGGUUACAUUUGCGAAAUAUUUGAGAAUUAGUACGAGUAUGUUUUACUGUGUAAGACUCUAGGUGUACAUGGUUUUCGAUAAAUUUAUCGGUUUUACAGAAAAACUCCAAAAAGAUAAAGUUUUAACUAAAUGUUCUGUUUGUGUAGCGUUUCUCAGACGGUUUGCAUUCAAAUAGGUCGAUGCAGUUUCAGUCAUAAUUUAAGAAAUGAAAUGCAUAUUUUACUAGGUUAUCUUAUCUGUAGAUGCGCUUAAUGCAAAUAAACCAAAUUAAAUAA